ACUAACUGUUAAUGGCUGACUCCAAUAUUGUCAAGAAAAACAUGGCAACCAUGAGAAAAUUUCCAUUUAUCUCCUUGCUUUUUUUUCAUGCUUUUACUUGAAGGUUUACAAUGGAAGAGUUUCAGCCACUGAUACCCUUUUCCAAGGGCAAAACAUGACAGCCUUAGGUCAGUUAACAUCUUAUGGAAAUGCUUUUGAAUUAGGGUUCUUUUCAGUAGGAUCAACAGAUCUAUAUUUGGUGAUUCGGAUGAAGAAUGUUGCAACCAAGGAUAUUGUGUGGGUUGCCAAUAGAGACCUUCCUUUCACUGGUUCAUCUAUGAUUCUCACCAUCAAUGAUGGUGGAUGCCUUAUGAUUGUGAAUGGCAGAGCAACUUAUAGAGUGAGUGAUGAUCCAUCAUCAAGCCAAAACGUGAGUGCAACGCUGUUGGAUUCUGGGAAUUUGGUUCUAAGAGAUGGGAAUAUGGAUAUACUAUGGCAGAGCUUUGAUUACCCUUCAAACACUUUUUUGCCUGGGAUGAAGUUUGGUUACAAUAAUAAAACUGGAAAAGUUUGGUCCUUAACAUCUUGGUUAGAUCAAGCGGACCCAAAUAAAGGGAAUUUUGAGCUGAAAAUGGAUCCUAGAAAAUCAAAUGGAGUGUUCCUCAUGAGGGGUACUGAAAUAUUAUGGAUGAGUGGGCCUUGGAAUGGGUAUGGUUUUGCUUUCAUGCCUGAAAUGCUUUCGCCCUACAUCUUCAACUACUUCAACUACAGCAUGUAUAGUGAUGAAAACGAAACAUAUUUUUCGUAUUCAUUGUAUAAUUCUUCUGUUAUAACUAGAUUCAUCAUCGAUGUCACCGGACAUAUGAGAGAACUUUUGUGGUUUGAAGAGUCUCAACAAUGGAUGUCGAUUUGGUCUGAACCAAGUCAAUUUUGUGAGGUUUUAAACUCUUGUGGUCCAUUCAGCAGCUGCAGUGAGGAUACCACCAGUUGCAGGUGCUUGCGGGGUUUUUAUCCAUCGGGAAAGCAACAAGGCCAGGAUGGUGGAUGUAUGAGGAGAGUGGCCCUAACAUGUGGGAACGGAGAUAAUAGAGACAUGUUCUUCAGGAUGAAUCAUGUGAGGAAUCCUGUAAGUUCAACUCAGCAAAUCAAUUCAUCAUAUAAUUUCCCAUCAGGCCCUCAAGUUUCAAACUCCGACGCAAAAGCAUGCGGAGAAGCUUGCUUGAGUAACUGCACCUGCAGUGCAUAUGCAUAUAACACAAGUGGCCUUUGCUUAAGAUGGUACGGUGUCAUUCUUGGUCUUGAACAACUGCCAGAAAAGGAUCCAAAUGGACGUACAAUCUUCAUCAAACUUGCAGCUUCUGAAUUUGACAAUGGAAGAGUUCUAGGAGCCAAUUGGUACCUAUGGAUAAUUGCAAUUCCUAUCGUUUUAUUGGUGUUUCUUCCUGCAUCUUACAUUGUUAUUCGGUGGAAGAAGAGUUUUAAAAACAAAGGGGACAGAGAAGAUCCAAGCCAGGAUAUACUACUCUUUGAUAUGGAGAUGAGCAUCACAACGAGUAGCAGUAACUUUUUGGGUUCCGAAAACCCCAGAAAACGGAAGAGGAAGGAUGCCCCAUUUCCACUGUUUAGCUUUGAUAGUAUAUCGCUAGCUACUGAUAACUUCUCCUCGGAGAAUAAGCUGGGAGAAGGGGGAUUUGGACCUGUUUAUAAGGGAAAACUAUUAAAUGGACAGGAAAUAGCAGUGAAAAGGCUUUCGAAACGGUCCGGGCAAGGUCUCGAAGAGUUAAAAAAUGAGACGAUGCUUAUAGCAAAGCUUCAACAUAGGAACCUUGUUAGACUGUUGGGUUGCUGUUUAGAACAAGGAGAAAACAUAUUGAUCUAUGAGUUCAUGCCUAACAAAAGCUUGGAUUCAUUUCUUUUCGGUUCAUACAAUGAAGGAUUACUAGAUUGGGGAACACGAGUUCGAAUAAUUGAGGGGAUUGCUCAAGGUCUGCUGUAUCUUCACCAAUAUUCGAGAUUAAGGAUCAUACAUCGAGAUCUUAAGGCAAGCAAUAUCCUGUUAGACAGUGAAAUGAACCCGAAAAUAUCGGAUUUUGGGUUGGCAAGAAUGUUUGGUGGUGACAAGUUACAAGCAAAUACUAAUAGGAUUGUAGGAACUUAUGGUUAUAUGUCACCUGAGUAUGCCAUGGAAGGCCUUUUCUCCAUUAAAUCCGAUGUGUUCAGCUUCGGUGUGCUGCUGUUGGAGAUAGUGAGUGGCAAGAAGAGCACUGGCUUUUACCAUAGCAGUUCUCUUAAUCUAAUUGGACAUGCAUGGGAAUUGUGGAAAGGAGAUAGAGUUGUUGAGUUGAUGGAUCCUAAAUUGGAAGACCAAGUUUCAUAUCCUAUGCUGUACAGAUACAUUAAUGUGGCUCUUCUUUGUGUUCAAGAAAUGGCAGCUGAUAGACCGACAAUGUCGGAAGUUGUUUCCAUGCUUUCCAAUGAGCUCACAGUUCUAAAUUCUCCAAAAAAGCCUGCCUUCUCUACUGCAAGGAGUACGACAAAUAGUUCAAAUCAGCCUGAAAAAUUUUCAGUGAAUGACGUCACAGUUUCUUUGAUGGAUCCUCGAUAGUUAUUUUCAAUUGUAGCUCAUGUAACACCUGACAUCGAGAAAGUUUUGAAAGUCCUACUUAAAAAGCUUAAGUAAAAUGGGUGCGGUUCAAAUGCUUGGUUCCUAGUCUUGUCCAUUAGAAGCCCUCUAUGCUAUGAAUGUACUUGUGUUACUUAAUAUUAUUGUGUAUGUUUUGAAUAUGGAAGAAUAACAAAAAAAAAAAAAAAAAAAAUCUUUUUUAGUGGAAAACUACGAAAAGUCUUUGGUAAAAGCUUGGCGUUCCAUGGUGUUUUUCUUUUACAUAAAAUAAAAAACUAAUGGAAGAAAGUACCUGUAAUACUAACUGUUAAUGGUUAACUACAAUUGCUAAGAAAAUAUGGAAACCAUGAGAAAAUUACCAUGUAUUUCCUUGCUUGUUUUUUCAUGCUUUUACUUGCAGGUUUACAAUGAAAGAGUUUCAGCCAUUGAUACCCUUUUCCAAGGUCAAAACAUGAGGGCCUCAGGUCAGUUAACAUCUUCUUGAAAUGCCUUUGAACUUGGGUUGUUUUCACUAGGAUGAGCAAAUCUAUAUUGUGUAAGUUGCCGCUAGAGACCUUCCUUUCAGUGGUUCAUCUAUGAUUCUCACCAUCAAUGGCGAUGAAUAUAUACCUUGUGAUUGUCAGUGGCAGAACAACUUAUAGAGUGAGUGAUGAUCCAUCAUUCAGCUGAAACGUGAGUGCAACUGUUGAAGGUUGGUCAGCAUGUAGCAAAGAAGUAGACAACAAGCAGGCCAUGAAGAUCGAGCAAUGCAGGAGCUGCUUCAGCAAGCAAAACUGUUUCUGUUUUGUUUAUUUUGUAACCUUAAGUUAAUGUAAUGUAUUUUAGUUCAUUUUGAACUAUGUUAGGUUGAUGAUUGAUGUAAUUAGAUGAUGUAUGAGCUGUAAACUCAGCUUUGACCAUGCUUACAAGUUUUGUUUUUCAAGUUUCAAUGUAUUAGUGGUGGUAGGUGUAGUUUAGGUGACUGCUUACUAUUUUUUGACAAGCAAAUUGCUUGGUUUAUGUAUUGGCAUUAAGCCAUUGAUCACCAUGAAUGAAAAAUUAUCAGCUUUUGUUCCAA